AUGUCAGGAUCUAAGCAAUCAGCAGACGACUCAGCGACCGGUGAACCAUGGUCCGUAGAGAAAGUUCUUGGCGGCAACAGGCUCGUUCAGUCAUCCAACUCGCCCAUCUCGUUCUUUCAUCUUCUCGGUGGUCUGAAGACGACUAAGCGUGAGGGUUGGAAGAGACAUGGAAUUGAUCCCGAGUCGGUCGCCGACCAUUCUUAUCGAAUGGGUAUGAUAGCCAUGUUCGCUCCCGAGGGCCUUAACCAGGUCAAGUGCAUCAAGAUGUGCCUUGUCCAUGACAUCGCUGAAUCAGUUGUCGGUGAUAUCACCCCGUUUAGUGGGGUAUCAAGGGAUGAGAAGGGCAGAAGAGAGGCUGCGACUAUCGAGUACAUAGCCAACCGUUGGCCUGGCCCAUAUACUGCCGAGAUCAAGGAGCUUUGGCAUGAGUUCGAGGCUGCAGAGAGCCCAGAAGCCCAGUUUGCCCAAGAUAUCGACAAAAUAGAGCUUCUGCUGCAGGCAGUGGAGUAUGAAAGGAACAACGAGAAACGAAAGGAUCUGGGUGAGUUUAUGGGUGUUGCGCGUAAGCUACGAUCUGAGGCUGGCAAGACAUGGGCGAAUGAGAUUCUGACCGACAGAGAGAAAUUUUGGGAGGGCCAGCAGCAUCUGAGAGGAGAACAUGCUGAGAAGGGAGGACUCACUGAGGAGAUGAAAAGGGCCCAUGAUGCAUACUAUGGAUAG